UCACCUCAGCCGUCGGAUGUGGUAAUCUUUGUUCCACCGGCCGCUGCUUGUUCUGGGUGCAUGACGGCUGGGCCCAUACCUGCGUGGGGCCGUUUGUUUGAGACGGUGAGUGUCCGUGCUCGCGUCGAUCAGAAAAUUAAAACGGUGAAAACCCUAGCCUCACCGAGAGCUACCUCUCCCCAAUCCCGUGCCUCCCUCUCCUCCUCCAAUCCAAUCCUCCCCUCCCCCAAACCCGAUCCGCCGCCUCCUCCACACGAGGGCCCCGGGCAUGCGCAGCGACGACCGCGUGGAGGUACUUGUGGCGGCCGGACCAGGAGCUGGAGGCGUGCAGGCGGGAAGAGGCGGCGUCACCGUUCCGCUGCCCCGGCGUGGGGCAAGAUCGAGGCCUCCGACGAAACCCUAGCCACCGAGCAAAGGGGCGACUCCGCCGCCAUGGAGGCCCCGGAGGAGGUAGUGGACGCGGGAGGAGGCGAGGAGGAGCGGGUGGCCGGGGCGGAGCAGGUGCGGCUGGCCCGCAGGAGGGAGGCGAUGGAGGGCGACCGGCGGCGACGACGGUGGCCUCCUCGCUGCCCGUGUUUCAUCUGCUCGUCCAAGGGACUUCUCCCUGCCCUUCCCCGCGCCAUCCCACUCUCCUCCAUCUCGGCCGGCCGGACCGCAUCGUCGGCGGCGGCGGCGACCAGCGCAGCCCCCGUGGAGCGUCCAGGAGGUCGAGGAGGUGAGCACCAGCGCAGAUUCGUCGCGACGCCGCCGGCUGGACAUCCAUGGCACACAAUCCUUCGCCCUCCUACCUCGACAUGGGCUAAGUUGUCCUUGACGGUGACCUUGACAUUUCGAACCCAUCUACAGGUUAAUUAUGAGGACUUGGUGCUCCAUUAUCUCCUCAUUUCACUUAUGUGGGUGGCGAGGAGAUCAGCGAGAUGUCUCGCACCACCGGUGCACGAUGACAAGAUGGUGGGGCCUUUUGGCGUUCUUGCAAUCCGGUUUCCUCGGCCAGAGUUAGGCGACCUUGCCAGCAACACCUCGUCAUCUCGAACUUGUCACUAGAUGCAAAAGGAGAGGUGCAGAUUCAGGAUCAGUGGUGCAUUGCUUACUAAAAAGAAGAGCUUUGAACAAUUACUUUUGAACAAAAGGACAGAUGGAUUAUCUCGAUCAUUGCCCAACAUUGGACAAUAAUAAUAUUGCCCCUUCAUACAGUGGAGCUGGAGUGCUUAAAGGAUUUUUAUUGAAAAAUAAUCCUCUUGAUCUCUCUUCUAUCUCCAUAGCUCAUAUGUUGAUGCUCCUCCCUUCCUCAUGUGUGAGUCUAACACCGGGGAAGUUUCAUAUUUGUUCAUAACAACUUGACUGUCAACUAAAGAAUUGGAUAUGAGUUAUUACCAACAAUGACUGCAUCUUCUGUGAAAAUGAUCUGGUUACUGACAAGAAUGUGGAGCUCAUCGGGAUGCAAGAUGCCGAGGUGGCCGGCAUCCAACACCGUGGGCUGUUGGUGCUCCACCCAGCGCCCCACUUCUUGCUUGCAUGCAUGCCACCGGUCAGUUGUAAGAUGCCAACGCCCAGGUACUGUAGGUACCAAUGGGGAAACAACAGAAGAACGAUGAGGGCAUUGUCUCUAGGUUCAUUCUUAUUUUGAAGAAUAAGUAGUCAAAUCAAGGAUUGAUCGGCGAGUGAUCAAGCAGAGCGAUCUCGGGUUGUACGUGUUCGCGUUGAAUCUGUUGAGUGGCGAUCCCUUCAUGAAUUAAAAAUUGUUGCCAUACUUUGACACCUGCCAGUUUACUGGUUGCUAUAAAUUGUGAAGGAAUCAAGUUGUGGGCAAAUAUUGAAAGUGCAGUUGAAGGAUUGGUGCUGGUUGGAGGGUGCUCCGGUUCCUGCAUGGUGAAUUCCCUCCCAGGCAUCAAAAGAUUAUGUCAAUGCAGCCAUUGGCAAUAUGAAAGCGGCUUCACAAGUUCGGUGGAGGGAGCUGUUAUAACCCUAAAUUCCAUCAACACAAAACUAAUCUACUUAUACCGCCAUCACUAAACUACUGCUAAACUACGAUAUAUGAUAAAUGUUGCACUUUUGUUUCCCUUCUACCUUUAGGGCGAGGCACAACGUUGGCGCAAUGAGUAAACAUUUGUAAUAGUUUCGCUACACUGCGAUAUAUGAUAAAUGUUGCACUUUUGUUUUGCUUCUACCUUUAGGGCACGUUGGUACGACUGGUAAACAUUUGUAAUAGUUUCUGGUUCUUGUGGUAUCGGUGAAGCGGCUUAGAAUCUCGAACCAAACUUUUUAUCUUUCUGCUUACAAUAAGUAGAAGCAUUCCUUUUGGAAUUACUAAUUA